AUGCAUCAAACCACCUCCUCUAGUUCUCGGGGCUUCCUCCCAACUCGGCCGGACAGCAAGAUCAAAGACCAUGAUGAGUACAACGCCCUUUUGAGGCCCGGCACUCGGGACACAAUACGCUCGCGCUUUGGCUCGGUUUCUACCAGCCGUACAGGCUCCAGGCAUCGAAAGAACAGUGUCUGGAACGACAUCGAGCUGAGCGAGAAUUCGAGUCCUGCGAGACGAUCGGAGCCCCUUUCGAAAUCAGAUUUGAAGCAGGUCAAAAAAUCACGGAUACAAGGCGAAGAAUACCUAAGAGACGCGCUCGUAUCAAUCGGAACGCUUGCCACUGACAUUACCCGCCGCUUAGACUAUACUUAUUAUACCUUGCUGGAAAGGGUUGCGGCACUCAAUUCUACCAUCGAAUCACUACAUGAGCUCUCGCAUUCGAUCUCGGCUCUUUGCCGUGAUUUCGAACGUGAGAUCACAAGCCUGGACUCUGAAAUACAUCGCCAAGUCAAGAAGCUUGAAGGAUUCGAGGCACAGACUCAGAAGAUAGAGGCUCUGGAGGAACGAAUGAAAGCUGGCAGAAGAAGAGUCAAAGAUCUGGGCAACAGACUUGACGCUGUCCGGAACGAGAUUACAAACUGGGAAAACAGAGAAAUUGAAUGGCAAGCUCGGGUUGGGCGAAGAUUACGAUUCUUCUGGGGAAUCGUGACAUCUGCAGCUUUGAUAGUCGUGGUGGCCGUUCUCAUUCAGAAUUGGUCCGUUACUGACCCCGGGUUGCGAAUAAACUUGAAACGACUGGCACGCCCUAUAUACCACGAAUCAAGCAAUGUACAAAAUGCAAAGUCAUUGUCUCCCAGUGGAUCGCAUCCCACAGACGAUACACUAUAUCUGUCAGAUGGCCAACCGUCCGUUCUUUCAGCUGGCAUGGCGACAGACUGGCCCACCUCUACUUCACAUGCUAAUAGGGAUCCGCUGAAGAUCUUGGAAGAACUAUCACAGGUCCGUAGAGGCCCUCCGGCUGAUUGA